AUGAACAUUAAUAGCUUCUUGAAUGAUGCUGCAAACUUGCCAACCAAUGCAGUUGUUGAAAACAUGGCUGAAGCUGCCUAUAAUUUCAGCAAUACUGUUUUGGGGCCCAAAAAGAUUAAAAAAAAUCCUUUUAAUCUUUAUACUAAGGAGAUGGAGAACAAGAGAAAACUUGACAGGGAAAACUACAGACGCGAGGAAAUCAUUGAUUUGUACAACUCGAUGGGUCCUUUAGAAAAGGCAGAUAUUACGAGAUGGCAAAAGAAGAUUCCGCUACUCUUCACCAGGAAUCUUCUGUCUCUGAUGUCAAUCUGUAUUGAGGAAUAUGGCGCUCUGAAGAGUUUCUUGGAAGCAAUAGGAAACGUCAAAAGACGCCCAAUGCGAGAAAUACAACUCGCAACCAUUGCUGCCAACGACUUCAAGAAUAAGAUGAACAAAUGUUUGAUAAGCUUGUUCAAUAAGAAACCGGGGAAACAAGAAAAUCUUUCUCUUGGAAAGCAAUUGAAAACAAAAAAGGCACCAUCAGAGCCAUUGGAUGGCCAGAAAAGAUGCCUUUUGUGCCACUCAGUCUUAUGA